GGCGUAGACGCAGUUCAGUGAACGUGUUUAAGGAUGUCUCCCGCAGCGUCGUUUGGUGAACGAUGGGCUCAAGACAACCUGGACAGAGAAGCUUCACCAGAAGAAAUACAGACACUCAACUUAUUUCCUAUCACCUGUGGAGGUGAUACGGUAGAAGCAGCUAAGAGAGCGAGGAAGUACUACACUGCACGUGGUUCUAGCGGUUUGACGGAGCUGUGGCAUAAAAGCCAUCCGGACGAUGAGGAUAUCCUGUCUAGCUGUCAAGAUGCUUACAUCGUACCAUUACGCACUAGGAGCGUAGGUGGUCGGCGUAUCACACUCGUUCGCCUCCCGGCACCCACGGCGUUGGACCGACCUCUGUGCGCAAAGGCCUUCCUCUCUAGAUGGCUUAUGAUAUUGGAUUUAAGAUUACGUGACGACCCAACACCCGGUGAAGAAGUUGUAUUUAUUGAUGUAUGUGACCUGCAACCUUCUCAUCUUAAGAGUCACUUUAGAGGCUCCUACUGGAAAGACUUUGUAUGGUGUAUGAAGUCAGUCUUCCCAGUCCGGUUCUCAGAAGUUCACAUCAUCAAUACACAUCGUCUGAAGACCAUGUCCCUACUGCUCUUGCACAUCGGCCUGUAUCCGUGGCGGCGCAAGAUUGUCCAUCUACACUCGAAUGGAGAGCAAAUCAACAAUGCCAUGGCAGUGGAUCACUUUCCCAUAGAAGGUUUGCCAUAUGAGUACGGUGGGAAGGCAGGGGCUAUGAAGGAUCUCAACGAUGAAUGGACCAAGAAACUCUUACUUAACUCAAAAUGGCUGCAAAUGGAAAAUAGGAAGUUCUACCAAACGGAACUGAAACCACAAAUUAAACGCACAAGACACAAGAGCGCAGUACGCAAUAUGUGCACCACAAACGCAUCUUACGAUAUGCUCACGCGAACACAUUCAUGUAGAUCCCUUUGCAAGAAAGAAGAUAUGGAGGAAGGGGCCCACGGAGCUUAUAGGACUUUGAGAGUGACGGACAGACACUUCCAUGUUUGAGAAUUUCUAUGUUGUGAUAUGUUAUCUACUACAGUUCCUAAACCUGAGACCUGAGUUUAAGAUUAGCGAGCCUGCAACCGUAGCGGUCAAUUAAAAUGCUAUUUGUCAAAGAAUGAUAUGAAAAAUGGACCUAAAUCUACUUAUUUUAAUUUUUUACCACUGAUUUUUGUUCUGCCAAUGCGGUUGUAUCAUUGUGAAUGAAUUUGAGCUUUAACACGAGGCAGAUAAGUUCAAUUUCCAUUUGUCGUUUAAAGUGUUUAUAUACUCGAAAAUAAUUCUAGGACUCUGAGCGGUGAAAUACCUAUCAUGCUUCAGGGUCUAA